AGAUCGCUCUGUGUAAUUUCAGUACUCGUGUACUUGUUAAAUUCUGGAUCCGGACUUAUUAACCGGGUAACUUGACGCCAUCAGCACCGGUGUUAGACAGAUCCGCCAGAAACUAGCGGUUCGGGUUGCAAGAUCAGACGAAGCGUGUGGAACAACAGAACUGAACCUUAUUAUAUUCAACAUGGCGCCCACCACCACCACCAAGACUACUGUGCAGACACCUCCCAAGACCGAGGGUCCGCCGAAGCUGUCCGACAUGAAAGACUGCAUCGACCAGCUCACAUUUGAACAGAUCCUGGAGAUGGACGAUGACGAUGAUGAGAUGGACUUCAGCAAGGGAAUUGUCUUCGGUUUCUUUGACCAAGCUGAAGCCACCUUUGCAAAGAUGGAAAAGGCCCUUGAGGACAAACAACUCAGCGAGCUAUCUUCAUUGGGACAUUUCUUGAAAGGCUCGUCAGCUACUCUGGGGUUGACUAAGGUUAAGGAUGCAUGUGAGAAGAUCCAGAACUACGGUCUUGGGAAGGAUGAGACGGGUACCAACAACGAAUCGGAGGAGGAGUGUCUGAAGAAGAUUAAGAAAACCCUGUCGGACUGCAAGGUGGAUUACAAGGAAGUAGAGAGCUUCCUCCGCAGAUAUUACGGCGAAACCAGCAGCAGCAACAACGAGAACAAGAAUGACGACAAGUAG